GAACAGUGUAAACAUUUUUGUUGAACCAGACAAAAGCUCAUGGCUAUAAAACCGGAAAAAACACACGCUUCAAAUUUAGAAGUCUUUACCCAGUGCUCAAGUUUAAAACAAACAAUCAAUUCCGCAUUCAACACCAAAGAAAAAGAAAAGCAAAGAAGAAUGAAAUUAAAAUUUAUAUCGCAACAUUUAACAAGAAUAAUAAUUGUUUUAGCAGUUUUAAAUACGAAAUUAAUUGUAAGUCAAAUCCAUCAUGCACCGAUAACAGCACAACAUUUGCAACAACAUCAUUCGUAUCAUGGGGAUUUUUACAAACAUCACCAAACCGAGGAAGGUAACUUGCAAAAGGAUGAAGAAUCAGCAAGUCCUCAACACAAUAGCUACUCUGAGAGAAAAAUGUCUAACGAUCACUACAGCAGCCACCACCACCAUGGUCAGCUACAUUUUAAUCACCUACAUUUAAGGGAGUUAGCUGAAUCGGCUAAAGAUCCUAAAAAUUUAAGAAAUGGUAUUUAUCAUGAUGGUGCUAUUACCUUCGAUUUAGGUUUGCCAAAUUAUGAAAUCUUAAAUCCACACGAUCCACCAGAAAUCAUUACGCCCGAUCACCCGCACUACGAAGAGCAAUUGAAUCACAUAAAAAAGACCAACAAUUUCACUAUUGAAGAUUUUGGUGUAACUCCAAUGCCAGACACUGAAACAAUUUCAGAAACCACAUCUUUCGAAAGUGACACCACUACCGAUUCUACUACUAUUACCACAACCGACAUUCCAGAAACAACAGCGACCACUAAACGAUUUUCAUCAAACAAAACAAAAGCAGCAACAACAAAAACAACUACACCAUCUCCAAUGAAAAAAAUUAAAAACAUAAAAAGUGAUAUUGAAAAACAUUUAAGUAAAACAAAAGAAAAACUUCGAAUUUUAAAUAAUGAAUUAGAUUUGAAAAAUAUAAAAUCUAAAAUCUCUUCCACACCAUUUGCUAACAAUGUGACAGAAUUUAAAUUUGUUAUAAGAAAAAAUAUUAAACAGCGUCCUGCACCGUUCCGAGUUUCUCAUACGAAUAGUUUAAACUAUUUUAAACAUCAAAAUCAAAAAGAUUUUUCCGAUAAGACAUCUGCCAAGAUUCCAGUCCGACCACUUGAAACAGAUUCGAAAAUUAUGAAAAGUUUUUAUGGACAAUCGGUGCUGCUGCCAGCCAAUCGACUUCAUAAUCCAAGUUAUACAUAUGGAGUGGGGAGUGCGUUACCAUCAAUGCCUUACCAUCGGCAUUUCACUUACUCUAAUAAUUACCUGCCUUCACCAAACCAAGCAAAUUAUGGGCCUCUCCAUAAUAAUGAUGGUUUAUAUCACUGGUUAUCUUCCACGGAAAGAACUUUAACAGCAACGAAGGAAUUAAUAGAACAAAAAAUUAAUGCGCAUUUAAUUUUCUUCACAUGCUUGGUAACAUCUUUGAGUGGUAAAGCAUUACAUCCUAAAGGAUGUUACGAGUGCGAAGAAGAAGUAUGGGAAGAAGUUCCUUGUGAUAAUAUACCAUCGAAUAGUACAACUGUAUCGACCCCCUAUUACUCUUCAACACCAACUUACAAACCAACUACACCCAGUCCAAAACCUCCUGUGAUCAAACCAACUACUCUAAAACCCACAACGAAGAAAUAUACAACGACAACACAUGCACCGCCCACUUAUGCACCUUAUCCUACAACAGUUAGCCCGGAAUAUACGACACCCAAAGAUCCGUACAAAAAAUGUUAUUGUGAGUGUAAACUUGGUUGCAAGGAAUUCUGUCGGAAAGUCGUUAUCAAUUCUCCUGAUAAACAAAUCGUUCAAGUAUCGAAAAUAUCAGAACCAGUGGAAAAGGGUCGUAUAGAGUCGACACAUUUUCUACAGCGAGAACUUAUACCUAAAGCAGAACAUAACUACGAUAAACCCGAUGAUUAUGCACCAUCUUAUGAUGAAGAUGAUGAUGAUCAAGAUAACAAGUAUGAUGAACCAACAGCUCCAUCUUUACCUUUGCCCACCAUACCAAAAUAUGAAGAAGACCUUGAUCCAGCUGUUUAUGCAGCUUAUCAUAGUAAACCCAAUGUUCCUGCUAUCGAAUACUAUUCCAAACCAAUUGCUCAUCCUAUUGCACCCAUAUAUCAUGGUCCAUAUGCAACAGCUGAAGCAGGGGUUAAUAACUUCCGUUCUUAUGCCUUAUAUCCACCCAAUCCUUUACAUGCUUCCUACUAUAGUCCUCCAAGUUCUGGCACUUAUAACUUCCCCAUUCCCUUGGAAAACGUUUUUUCAAAGGUUACAAAAACCUUACUUGAUCCUGUAGAAAGAGUACAAAUUUCACUAGAUGCCUCUGGCAGAAAAAUUGCAGGUCCUACUUAUUCCAAGUGUCCAAGCUAUUCAACACAUUCAUAUUCAUCACCAACGCCAGCGAAGGAUUCCCAAGUUGAAACUCGUGGUUCUUUAGGAAACGAUCUCGAUUUCGAUGAUUCAUUCGACUCACUUAUCAAGGAGUUCUUAAGUAAUAAUCCUUCAAAUGAAGCGUCAUAUCAAGCAUUUCCCAACAAACCUUUCUACUCAGUUUCGUACAGUAGAUAAUAAAUUGUUAUCUUUAUUAGUUUAAUAA